UAGUUGUUCCCAAUCACGCUUUCACUCAAUCACGUAAUCACCCUCUAUCGAUCAUCCAUCCACCGUCACUUCCUACUUACUCCAGCUCCCCUACAACACUCGAAUUAAACAACCAAAACAUGUCAAUUUGACUCGAAUUGGAUCCUAUUUUCAAUCCACCAACCCAAUUUCACCUCAUGAAUCCAACAAUCUUUAUCAUCUUUCCAACCCUUUUAUUCUUAAUCUCCUCACCUACCCACGUCAAAUCAGAUGAUUCAGGGUUCAUAUCUUUUGGUAUUUCCCAAAAGGGUAUUGAGUUUGCAAAAGAUUUGUUGAUAAACACUGCGAUUUCGUCUCUGAUUCCGCUUGAAUUGAAUGAAAUAGAACAAAAGGUUCAAAUCCCACUUGUGGGUAAGGUUCGUAUGGUUCUAUCGGAUAUUGUGAUUUAUGAAGUUAAUGUAUCGAGAUCGGUUGUUCAGCCUGGGGAGAUAGGGGUUACUAUUGUUGCUUCUGGUGCGACUGCUGGGUUGAGGUUUGAUUGGAGUUAUGAGUAUAGCACUUGGUUGUUUGAGAUUACUGAUAGUGGGGUUGCCUCUGUUAAGGUUGAAGGUAUGGAAAUCGGGAUGACUCUUCGUUUAUAUAGCCAACAAGGGUCUCUUAGGCUAUCUCCCCAAGACUGUGGAUGUUAUGUCGAUUAUAUCUCCAUAAAGUUGGAUGGAGGAGCAUCUUGGCUUUAUCAAGGAAUAGUUGAUUAUUUUGAAGACGAUAUAAUAUCCGCAGUUGAAGAGACGAUCACCAAAAAGGUUACUGAAGCGGUGAUAAAACUCGAUUCAAAGUUUCAAUCAUUCCCGAAAGAAAUCACUUUUGGUGAUAUUGCCGCUUUAAACGCCACCAUCACUGACGGUCCUAUUAUGAGCAGUACCUCUAUUCUUAUUGGUAUCGACGGGUUAUUUACACAAAUUGAUAGUGAAGUAACUUCUGGUAGUUAUGGGAACAAUUUAUUAUCAAAGGGUUCUUGUAAUAGCCCAGAAAACAUGGUUGCAAUUUCCGUUCAUGAAAAUGUUCUCAACUCAGCAUCACUGGUGUACUUCAAUACAAAUAAGAUGUAUUGGAUUGUUGAUAAUCUACCAGAUCAGAAGCUAAUGAACACUGCUGGAUGGAGAUUUAUAAUUCCGAAAUUAUAUAAAGAAUUCCCGAAUGAUGAAAUGAGCUUAAAUUUUACGGUAUUAUCACCUCCAAUCAUAAAGGUUGAAGAUGAGGGCAUUGUUGCUACAGUGAAUUCUGACGUCAUCAUUAAUGUUAUGGAUGCUGGUGAAGUUAUUCCGGUUGCAUGCAUCUCAAUGGACAUUGAAGCUUCAGGAUUUGCAGGAAUCUCAUUGAACACUGUUGCCGGUGGUAUUAGCUUAAGCAAACUCACAAUGUCCUUAAAAUGGAGUAAAAUUGGCACCCUUCACAUGGUUCUUGUUCAGUCUGUGAUGUCAACGCUCAUAAAAAAAGUCAUCGUACCAGUUGUGAAUUUACGUCUCAGAAUAGGCUACACGUUACCUGAAUUCUACGGCUACGGACUUCAAAACGCUUCAAUCGCUUAUGGUGAUUCGAAAAUGAUUGUUUGUAGCGAUAUUGCUCAUCAUUCAUAUGAGUACAUUCCUCACCGGAUUUUAUCAUGAACAAAUGUUGUAUAGGUGUACACACGUGUUUGUGUUUGUGUUUCUCAUCCGGAUGUCACGAGUACAGAUCCUGUUAAGUGUCACUAGGAUCGCGUAUUCGGUGGUCUUUGUAUAUUAUGCUAGUUUUAGAAGCUAUAUUGUAAAUGUAAUAAACGUAAAUGUACACUUUUAGGACAUUCAAUACUUGCAAUAAUCCUUUUGUUAUGAUA